GCAGAAAGCAAAGCGCAUAGCGCAGAACUUCGAAGACCAUAACCAUACGUCAAAAAAAAUGCAUUCAAUCAGCCCCCUUUGAUCCAUUUGUUUAUUACAAUUUGUAUAUGAGGGGCUUAGACCGAAUAAAACUCCACUUCAACAAAGGUUCUCAUCAUAAUUUCUCUAAUGUGAACCAUGCUAAAGUUUGGCUCAAAACAUGAUAGCAAUAUUGUUUAUAAAUGCACCGUAAGACUUCUUGAAGACACUGAAAUAUUAGAAUGUGAAUAUAAGCCUUACCAUAAAGGAAAAUACUUGCUGGAAUAUGUGUGUCAGCAGUUGAAUCUUGUGGAGUAUGAUUAUUUAGGAUUGCGCUAUGUUGACAAUCAAAAUCAAAGACACUGGUUGGACCUGGGCAAGUCAAUCGUGAAGCAAGUUAAGGAUCUCGACCCAGUGCUUUUCAGUUUUCGAGUUAAGUUCUAUCCACCAGACCCUUUUAGACUGAAGGAGGAAAUAACGCGGUACCAAAUAUUUUUACAGCUUAAAAGAGAUCUAUUACAUGGACGACUAUAUUGUACUGCAAACGAUGCCGCUAUUCUCGCAGCUUUGAUACUACAAGGUGAACUAGGAGACUAUGAUCCAGAAAUCCAUGUUGGAAACUACAUUUCUGAGUUUAAAAUUCUUUUGAAACAAACAGAAGCAAUAGAAGAUAAAGCAAUGGAGAUACACCAAAAGCAGUUGAAAGGGCAAAGCCAAAGUCAAGUAGAACAUUCAUUUUUGAAACUAGCUUGUCAGUUAGACACAUAUGGGGUCGAUCCUCACCCAGUUAAGAGUUUAUUACAGGACCACAAAGGUACGCAACUUUACUUAGGUAUAAACUAUAGCGGUAUCUUAACCUUCCAAGGGAGUAGAAAAACUCACCAUUUCCGCUGGCCCGAUGUACAAAAGAUCAAUUAUGAAGGGAAAAUGUUCAUAAUACAUUUAAACUCAAAUGAUAAGAAACAUACUGUAGGAUUCAAAUGUCCUUCAGGUCAAGCUUGUCGACAUGUUUGGAAAUGUGCCAUUGAACAGAUGUUAUUUUUUACUUUGCCGACGAGCUCCGACGCGCCGACAGUGGUUACCGGUGGUGGUUUUUUCUCCUGGGGAACAAAAUUCAAAUAUACUGGUAGGACAGAAAAGGAAAUCUUGGAAGAAAAUACAAAUAGAGAGGAGCCCAUCAUUCAAAGAACGUCCAGCGUGAGAAGAAAAGCUUCUAGUGUACCUGCUACCCCUUCUACACCCUUGCAACCCCAUUUAGGAUAUAGCAAUUUACCAAAAUCUAGUCAUUCAGAUGUUGGAGGAUCCAGAAUGGAGCCCAGCGGUAGUACAGGCCUUUUGUCUGGAUUGGACUGUUAUCCUUUUGCUACUUACAAUGAUGUUGCUGCCUUAGAAACCGUCACCGAAGAUCAUGAAGCGUUAGGGUAUAACAAACUUAGAACAACUGUACUGAAAGAAGAUUCUAUGGAUCGUUUCAGUGACUACUACUUCCGUGACUCUUUCGAGCAUUCGUCUUCAGAAUCUCAGCUGAUUGACAACAGUUACCGCUAUGAUACGACCAACCCUUCCCACAGGUCCAGUCGAAGUCAAACGCCGUUAUCUCAUACUCAGGUAGAUGGGCGAUUGUGCCUGCCAAAUAGUAGUGUCCCCUUACAAACAACAUCUAUAACUACUCAAACUAAGUGCAAAAAAUUCAAUCUUUUAGGAGCUUUUGUACCAUCUCUCAUUAUUGUAACACUUGUUACGAUUUUCUUGGCUGUUAUAAUCCUUGAAACUGAUUACAGUUUGUUAAGUGGGGUUAGAAAUAUGCCCGAAAUGGUAUCGUUUAGGUACCAUGUGUACAAACCGAUUAAAGAUUAUUUUCAUAACAAAUUUGCUAUAUUGUUCUAGAGGGAAUAUAGGUGUAUUUCAAAUGUUUUUGAGUAAAUGUGUGGGUGAAAAUGUUACUAUGUUGAGCCAUUGGUUAACUAGAAGUACCCAACUUAAUCGAAAGCAAUACCUAUGCCAAAAUACUCAUACUUAUAUUUACGACUGAAUCGGCCGUUUCAAAAACCUUGCAUGUCACGCAAUUUGAAUGUUUCAGGAGGCAAUAAAAACUGUCAUUGACCAAAUAAAGCAGUUUUGAAGAACUGUUUUGAGCUUAAUAUAGCAUUUGAAAGUUAAUUAGUAAUGUAUAGGUAGUGAUAUAUAACUUGGGCAGGGGAAUCAUAUUAAUCAUAUUUUUCAUUGCUCAUUAUUGAAAAUUGAUUUAUUAUGUCACAUGUUUUAAUUUUGCAUGUUUUAAUAUAUUUACGGUGCAUAGGGAAAACGAAAAAAGUGAACACCACAGGAAAAUCGAUUUUCCCGUUUUAAAUCCAAACUAUAAAUAGGUCAUCGUGAAAUAUGUUUAACCUUCAAUAAUAGACAAUCGGUUGCAGAAAAAAAGAUACGUGCUUGUGUGACUACCAAAAAGUAAAAUGUAUUUUUGCAUCAAAAAUUUUUUGUAAUUUAAGUCACAAGACUGAUUAUUUUAAUUUUUCUAUUCAAAUAUGAUGACAAUUUUAUUUUGUCCCCUCAAAAUAACUUCCUUCUGAAGCCACACAACGCUAGAGACAGUUAUUCCACUCCUCAUAGCAGUUCUGGAACUCUCAUGCUGGAAUGGCUUUCAGCUGGUCGUUUACAGCCGUUUGGAUGUUUUCGACUGUCCCAAAAUGAGUUUACUUGGGGUUAUUUUUCAACUUCGUUCAGAGAAAAACUCACAAGGACUCAAGUUAUGCGAUUAAGGAGGCUGAGGAGCCACAGGAAUGUUUUUAACUGCCCAAUACUCGUUUAUUGUCAUUGCUGUUUAACAAGGAGCAUUAUCGUGAUGUAAGACCCAGGUGUCCUUUAUCUUAUAAACAGUGAUGUGGGUCAAAUCUUCUUCCCCGAUAAUUGUGACUGUCAGCCGCCGAUCUGACGGCACAAGAUCCCGGAUUCUGUCGAUAUUCCGAUCGGUUCAUGAAGAUAAAGGCCUUACGCUUCGAGGUUCAUCUUCAAUCAACUCUCUCCCUUCUGAAAAUGUCUUGAAUCACCGAAGAAACCUGGGCCUAAAUGCCGGGACACCGCGGCUGUUAUGAUGAUCCCAAUGAAAUUUUGUUGAUAUGAUUUUUGAACUGCCAAAGGUUAGUAGAACUCGGAAAAGCUUCCUGUGGUAGAUUGUUCCAGAAUCUCGACACCCUCGGGAUAAAGGAGCGGUCGUAUCGGCAAGUUCCGGAUCUACGAAGUUCGACACGGUUAGGAUGGGAGGCCAGUCAGGCGGGUCUAUCUGGCAGGCACAUCGCGCGGCGGCAUCAUAGAAGAGAGCUCUGAGGAGCAAAGCCCGUUGGUGUAGCGGUAGAAAAGAGAUAGAUCGCCGACGGCCCGUCGGUACGAAAGGGUCCCGAGACUGUCUGUCAUCGAUCAGUCGGACCGCCCUCCUCUGGACAGCAUCGAGCAUAAAUAAUGUAGUCGGGGCGGCAGCACCCCAAACGUGUGAGCAUUACUCGAGGCUAGGCCUUAUCUGGGCCUUGUAUAGAGUGAGGAGGUCAUGCGGUGAAAAAUACUUCUUAGCUUAGCUUUUUCCCAGCAGCUGCCGCUUUUGACGAGAUUUGUUCGUGCCAUAUCAGGUCUUCGGUGAUCUGGACCCGACCAGCUGAAAUAAAUGGCUCUUUGGCAGAACUCGGCCAUCCAUCGAAACCCGAUGAGCGCUAGGACGCUUUUUGUUCGUCAAAGUACAGUACUGUGUUUUGGAAGCAUUAAACUGUUGCGUCCCCAGCGUCCAGUUCAGCGGCAGAGAUCGGCUUGUCACUCUGAAUGUAGAGUGCUGUCAUCAGCGAAGCUGUGGAUUGGGUUGGUCGUGCAGCAAAGGAGAUCGUUGAUAUGUAAGAGGUACAGUGUCGGAGCCAAGACCGAUCGUUGAUGAACACCCGCGUUGACGUUGUGGGAUGAAGAGGAGAACCCGUUAAUUACGACGGAUAUCUUACGGCCACCCAUCUGCAAAGAUUUUCUGGGAGGGGAUGGGCGUUUGCUUAAGAGGGCAGCGUGCCACAGCUGAGCGAACGCUUUGGUGAUGUCAAGAGCAAUGACAUGAGCCUCACCAUAAAACUGGAUGAGUUUACAAUUGAAUGACGUAAGCUAAGAGGUCCCCUGUGGAUCGCUGGUGCCGGAAACUAUACUGCCUGUGACUAAACUAGCGGUGACGUUCGAAAUAGGCCAGAAGCUCGCGAUUUAUGCACCUCUCCAUCACCGACCUAACCUCCACAACACCGUGGGCUGAGUUACCCAGGGGGGACAGGACAGCAGUGCUGUAAAGGAUAGGAGGCGUGGUCAGAAAGAGAUCCAGCAGGCUACUGGUAUGUGAAGAGACACGGGGGAAAAAAGUAGGGCUUGUGACCAGCUCUGUCAGCCCUUGCAGAAGAGCGAACGCUUUAACUGCCCGACCUGCUGCAUCGGUCUUGUUUGAGCCCAACCAAAGCUCAUUAUAAGCAUUGAAAUCACCGAGAAGAACCACCUCUGAAGCGGGGUGAUUGAUAUUCAGGAAGUAGGUCAUCCCAGUUAUGGUCCGAAGGAGAGCAAUAAAGGCAGCAUAUAAAUUUGGGGGAUGUUUUGGAGUUGAGGCGAAGCCACAGAAUGUCCUGCCGGUCUGAUUCCAAAGAAACAUCUCUGGAGCAGUAGAGACUGCUGCGGACAAAAGCCGCAACUCCCCCGUUCUUUCUCAGAUUAGAGUGCACCUCGUAAUUUGGGAAGCUAAGAUGGUUAAUCGGUGGAGACUGAGAUUUUUGUCUCCGCCAAGAAAAGCAUGGCGGGACGAUUGGAUUGCAAGUAGUGAUGAACAACAUCAAUGUGGCUGUUAAUCCCGCAGAUGUUGGUGAAACAAAUGUUAUCUUCGAUGAUGUUCCCUCCAGCCCACCCUCCACUCGGACAUUCCGAUAGUGGGAAGAGCUAGCGGGUGGUGCCGCCUCGGUCGACGUCCUUAUCUAUUACCUUCUUUUUGCAUGUUAAUGAUAUUAAAUAGACCUAAAGUGGCCCGUUGGCGAACUUGUACCGCCGCCCGAAAAUCGGUACUGAGGUAUUCCUUAACCCUUUCAGUACGGGACCUUUUUUAACGGUACUGUCACCACCGCCGGCACAUUUUGCAUUGUCUGGGCGCCUGAUGACGUAUAUAUCCGUCACCGUAAUAAAGGUUAAAGUACACUAACGAAGUAAGCAAUGCAGCUUAAAAACUUUAUUACUCAAUGAAAAUCAAACAGUUAAAUCCUAAAAAUAUAAUAAAAACACUCAGAACUAAACAAAACAAAAAAAAACAUUGUGCAAGUUAACUUUUAAAAGUCGGCUACUUGAUGAUAAAUCCGAAAGCAGGGCACUACACAUAGCCCAACGUCACAUUCUCUACACAUGUAGCUGCUCUCCUUUCUUUUCUUUAUUCCUGCUUUUGUCUGGGAGCAGACUUUGCAUCUCCUAGUGGCACUUUUCUUUCCCUCUUUUCUAGGAACCAAUUCCGGAAAAUGCCGUUCUGUCAGCCUUGCAUUCCCCUGAUCAAAAUGAAGUGGUUUUGCCUCAGUCGAUGAAUACCUGAAAAAAAAAUGUUUUUAUUAGAUACGUUAAUUGUUAAACUUGAUGUUUUAACUUACCUUUCCAAUAACUGCCGAAUAACUUCUAAGUGAAACUUUGCAAAUGGAACCUUUUCUGGAUGCUGCGUCGAAAACAUUGCGUGAGAAUUUAGUAAGGUAACAUCCACAGAAUGAAAGAAUACCUUUGCAUACCAUUUUAUUGAUUUACGAGUGCAAUCAAUGCUACUGAUCAUCAUGUCCGACCUGUCAACUGCGCCCAUAUGCGUGUUAUAUUCUACAACGCAUAACGGCUUCUUUAUAUUUUUUUUUGUAAUCCUGCUUAUUUUAGGAAGAGAGACAAUUUUAUUUGCAUGUAUUGUUGUCAGCAUUAUAACAUCGCGGCGGUCUUUCCAUUUGAGCGCCAACAUAGUAUUGCUACUUCUCCAGUCGACUUCACCAGUUUUUAGUUUCUUCUCAAAUACUGGCAUUUGUUUUCGGUUUUGUCGUACCGUGCCGCAAGAGUUCGUUUUGUGUUGGAACAGAUAAUUUGACAGAGACGGGCUCGUAUAAAAGUUAUCUGUAAACAGCGAAUGCCCUUUAUUUAAAAAAGGGCUCAUUAGUUUGGCAACAAUGGCUCCCGUAAUACCCAGAUCAUGAUUUUUUUCAGCUUGUACAUUUGUAGCUUUACCCGCGUAUAUGAUGAAAUCUAAGACGAAGCCCGUUUCACAGUCACAAAGAACGUAUAACUUAACUCCAAAUCGAUGUCUUUUAGUUUUAAUAUAUUGUUUAAAUGCCAACCUUCCUUUAAACAACACCAUGCUUUCAUCUAUAACUAAGUUCUCGAAGGGAUAAAAAUUGUUCUGAAAGUUUCUUCUUAAUUUUUGCAUCACCUGGUCAAUUUUAUACAGACGAUCAUUCAAUGGUACUUCUUCGUUAUUGCAAAAGUGCAAAUAACGGCGAAUUUGAAAAUAUCUGUCUCUUGACAUCUUUUGACGGAAAAUAGCCGUAUGUAGUAAAUUAUCCUGAGACCAGUACUCCUUCAUUUCAAGUUUCUUCACGCGUGGCAUUAACAUAGUUAUAGCAAGAAAAACAUACAAUUCUGGCAGAUUAAUAUCUUUCCAGUUUUUAGCCUUUUGUUGGGCGGCAUACCUGUUCGUUUCUGUCACAACUAUAUUUACUAUUUCUUCGGAAAACAGGCUAAGAAAGUAAUCUACUUCUUUUGAGUCCGGAGUCAAAUUAUCGUUCUUCAAACCACUGUUAUUUCGGUCAAAUUCAUGUACUCGAGGGACAAAUGCAUUCGAGGUCCAAAAAAUCUCCUGUUCACUUUGCUGCAAAAUAGCUUCCAGAUCUUCUGGUUCCUCAUUUUGUGUAACUUGUUCGGUAUCGUAAUUUUCGUCAACCGAAGAGACUUCAGAACUAAUACUUUCACUUUCUAAAUUAUCGGGUGAGUAUUCGCUGCCGCUGUCUUCAAAUGGGUCCUCCUCACUAAGGUAGAUAUCAUCCUCAUCCACAACGGAUAAAAUUUGCCUGAUAUCGUCCUCGCUCAAGCCGCAGUAACUAGAAUUUUGUUGCUUACGCUUUUGGCCACGUGUAGGCCUUUCAGAGGGACCGGCGCACUCUUCCUCUGCCAUUUCAAGUAAGACUAUAACGCUCGGUUUCAAAAAUCGCAAGCACGAUACAGACGCUAGACAGUGUAGCCGGAUGUCGUAAAUUUUCGGCAACGCCAAAAUCUUCCGUCAUCCGGCUAAGCAGUGAGCGAAACAUUGACAUAAUAUUACGGCGCUCGUCUGUGGUGAAAUGCCAGUUUCUAAAAGUGUCGAAUCUGUUAGGCAGUAGGCUAAUGGAUAUAAUUCUUCGAUGUCGGAUAUAUACGUCAGCCGGCCGGUGGGUAUAUUCUAUAACUGACGUAUAAAUAUGUCAGCCGUACUGAAAGGGUUAACGCGUAUACAUACGCUUGAAAGGGAAGAAGUAGAAUACUGGAUACAACAACUUCCGGAACAAGCUUUUGCCACGGCCCCGAUCAGUAGAGGAUCGCGGCUCUUAACAAAACACUAUCUCCAUAGGCCUGUUGAAGUUUAGCAAGAGUGUCCGUGGCACUGUGCCCAAGUCUAAAACAAAACAUGAUAGCACCUGCUCGAAAUUGAUGUCACUUAUUUUUAGAACACAAUAGGAAAAACACUUUCACAAAAAUAAAAUCGCUACUGACAACCAAAUGACUCUGUGGGAAGUAUCGGCACACAUAAGAUGAUUCUUUUAUACUAAAUUAUGUGAAAACUAACAUGUAAAUAAUAAUUUAUGAUGGCAAUAGAUUGAGCAAAUUUAAAAUCAUGUAACCGCGAGUCAAUAGUAAAAUCAUGCCCGCGUGGCAAUUGUAUGUGAACGUGCAAAUGCAGCAUAUUGUUAGGCGUCUUUUCGAGAAAAACGUUAACCAAUGGUUAAACGGAUAUAAACAGGAUUGCGCACACGAUAUAUGGAAUUUUUGAGAAUCUCCAGAAUCCCGUUUAUCGUGUAACCGAUCCUUUGUUUAGUCUAGACAGAUAUACAGAGUGAUUUCUAAACACGGGACAAAGAUACAAGAUUAUUCUAAUGAUCUCUGCUUUAUUUCGUUACAAGCCAAGCAAAAUUACCAAAUACGAGGGUUGUUUCAAAAAUAAGGUUCCCAACGCUGUAACUCGCUCCCUCACCACCGAUCCCGGCAAGAAUCGCCUAUUUACGACGCUCAGUACUGGACUGACAGGCGUGCGCCAUGCAGCACUGCAAAGCCGUCACCGCCAGAUACGAUUUUUUUUAUAUAUGUAUAUAUACCGAAGCAGCCGCGAAGGCAGAAGCCUAAAUGCCGAGACACCGCGGCUGCUAUGAUGAUCAAAAAUAAAUUUUGUUAAUCCGAUUUUUGAACUGCCUAAGGUUAGUAGAACUGGGAAAAGCUUCCUCUCCCUCGGGACAAAGGAGCGGUCGUAUCGGCCCGUUUUGGAUGUAGGAAGUUCAACACGAUUAAGAUGGGAGGUCAAAGUCAGGCGGGUCUGUCUGGUAGGCACAUAGCGCGUCGGCAUCAUGGAAGAUAGCUUCGAGGAGCAAAGCCCGUUGGUGUAGCGGUAGAAGAGAG